AUGCCCUUGAUCGCAGAGUCACAGAUUCCCACUAUCAGCAUUACUAACCGAGUUACCCAGUUUGAAAAAGUAUUCGUCAUCGGGCUGCCUGAACGGACCGACAAGCGAGAUGCUCUCGUCCUCAUGGCUUCUCUGACGGGAAUAAAACUUACGUGGCUGGAUGGCGUGAAAGGUAGCGACGUGACGAACAAGGCCCUGCCUUUGGGCUGGGAUCCCACCAAGAUGCCAGAAAACAACCUGGGCUCUUGGCGCGGCCACACCAACGCCAUCCGCCAGAUCCUCUCCGCCGACCUUUCUUCCGCCCUGAUCAUGGAAGACGACAUGGACUGGGACGUGCACCUCAAGCCCCAACUCUCGCUCUUCGCCUCGGCCGCCAAAAAAAUACAAACCCAACCAGCAGACAACCUUUUCUCGCAGUUGCCCAGCCCUCUCGCGGCUCCAAGCCCCUACGGUCAGAACUGGGACAUGCUCUGGCUCGGGUCCUGCGCUACUACCUUCGACGAGCACCUGCCGCCGGACCUGCAGAUUCCGGCCCAAGAAAGAGAUGGCCGCAAGAUCCUCAUUUUAGAUGACGAGACGGUGCCGUCUUGGAACCACAUCAAGGGGAACCUGUCGUUCGGGUGGGAGGAGUACCCGCCGCAGACACGUAUUGUGCAUGUGCCGGGGGACAACAUCUGCAGCUUCGCGUACGCCUUGAGUGCUUCAGGUGCAAGAAAAGCGUUGGAGUACCUUGGACUCGAGGGGCAGCACAAAGCGUUUGAUAAUCAUUUGAGUGAUUUGUGCCGGGUGCGGGCGAAUGGGAUGCGGUGUGUGGGUGUGGUGCCGAGCCUGUUCGUGCAUCAUCGGCCGCGGGGAAGGGUGGAUGGCGAUUCGGAUAUCAAUGUGGGUGGUGGCAAUGGAGAGAUUAGGGAGGUGGGCAUGACUGAAAAUAUUUUGUAUAGCACACGGCUUAAUUUGGGGAAUCUGCUCAGGGGGUUUCAACCUGAGAGGCAGUGGCCGGAUUGA